GGAGCGGCUGAUCAUAUUUAUGCACACAAUGUCAUGCUUUUCAGAGAGAAAGGAAGAGAGAGCAAUGUGAAAUUCAUGCCUUUCGAAUGCUGAUACUUUUAUUAUGGAUAAUAUAGCAAUUUCAUGGUUAAAAUAUUAAACUUGUUAUGCUGUUGUGUUUUCAAUUUGAGCACUUUAUGAUAUCGGAAUGUGAUUGUUAGGAGUCCCACAUCGAGUAUAUCAAAGUGCUCAAUGUCGUCCUUAAGCCAGGAGGCUCUCCCACCUAUAUUGGACUAGUCUUUUGGGUUGGGCUCUCCUCAGCUAUUUGGGAUUGGUCCCCUGAAGUUGGAAAUGGUUAAAAGUUAUGGAGCAUUCUGAUUCACAAGAGAUAUCAUGUUGCAGUGCUUAGAGGGAGUUAAGUCUUUACUCGCUUCUGCAUUACGUUGUUGUGACAUUGAUUUAUAUAACCAGUCAAGAGGCCUUGAAGAUCCUGAACUUCUUGCAAGGGAGACAGUGUUCAGUGUUAGUGAAAUAGAAGCAUUGUAUGAGCUCUUCAAAAAGAUCAGCAGUGCUGUAAUUGAUGAUGGGUUGAUUAACAAGGAAGAGUUUCAAUUGGCAUUGUUCAAGACGAAUAAAAAAGAAAGUUUGUUUGCUGAUCGGGUAUUUGAUUUAUUUGACACAAAGCACAAUGGGAUAUUGGGUUUUGAAGAGUUUGCUCGCGCCCUAUCCGUUUUCCAUCCGAAUGCCCCUAGUGAUGAUAAGAUUGAAUUUUCCUUUCAACUAUAUGAUCUCAAACAACAGGGUUUUAUCGAAAGACAAGAGGUGAAGCAAAUGGUGGUUGCUACACUUGCGGAAUCUGGUAUGAAUCUAUCAGACGAUGUUAUAGAAAGCAUAAUCGACAAGACUUUUGAGGAAGCAGACACAAAGCAUGAUGGCAAGAUUGACAAGGAGGAGUGGAGAAACCUUGUUUUGCGCCAUCCGUCACUUUUGAAGAACAUGACCCUUCAAUAUCUCAAGGACAUCACCACAACAUUCCCAAGCUUUGUAUUCCAUUCACAAGUAGACGAUACUUGAAGGGCAAGAAUUUAGUUGAUAAUUUUCAACUUUGGUUUCUUUGCCUUCUUUGUACUGUAGAGCCAUCUCUCUUUCCUUUUUUAUUUUUUUAUUAAAAAAAUAUAAUAGGUUGAUUUGUUUACCUUAAAUCGGCUUUAUAUGUGAGUAAGGUAUUUGGUUUGGAGGAUUCA